AAAAAUUAUAUAAACAUAGUUUUAUGAUAUAUAGGUAUGCAGUGUCAUAAUGUCAGUCUUCAGACAGGAGGGAUUUUUCGGGGAUGCGUCUUUUACGCAAAUAGUGACGUCAUGAUGGAUUUUGGCGAUGCGUCAUCUACGUGUUCUAUGUACGGGGGAUCUCUCCAAACCUUGUUCAGCGACUACGACAUGGAACUUCUGAUCUUUACCCCCAUAUCUCACUGGAAGGGAGGAAACAUUACAGAUUAUAUCUGGUUAGAAGCUCUCAAUAAGAACACCACUGACUGUGUCGCCAUGGACACUAGCUCACACUUUUGGGAGGAGAGGGACUGUGACGAAAAGAUCGCCAGAGGAGUAGUUUGUAAAACUCAAUUCAAAGAGUUGGGAAGUACGAAGAGACGAGGCUUUGAUGAGCGGUACUUUCACCGAAAUAUCUCUUUGGAUGGGUAUGUGUUUUCAGAUGUAAUGUUCAGUCAACAUAUCAGAUCUUUAGAGAACUGCAUCAUCUACUGUCAGGUCAGGAUCGAGUGUAAGGCUGUGGUGUGGACCUCUAAUAACAUUUGUCACGGAUACAACCGAAUAAUAAGUAACACUGAAAUCAAAAUACCGAGUCCUGAAGCCCGAGUAUUUAGUCGGGAGUGAAUGUGAGCUGGUUUUAUGUUCAUCGUGUACCAUUUUGUAUGGUUUGAGCGAAAUAAAUGGAUUCUGAUUUUCAAUAUUUUAUGUUUUCUAUUUUAAACUUUAUUUACACACGUCUAUGUGCUGUAAAUAAUA